AUGUCUGAGCUGCUCAGCAUCGGACGGAACGAUGAAGGUGUGAAGAGGGGCGGCUUGCGUGGUAUCGGUGUCGGAGCACCUGUGCGGCGAGGUCUUGUUGAAGAAGUCGGGCAGGAGGGCGCGCGAACACCGCCUUUAGAUCCGGUGGCUCAGCAGGAGCAGGAGCAGGAGCAGGAGCGGCAAGCACGACACUCUUCAAAGCCAAGGCCCAAAUGUGCAAUAUGCCACGAAGCGACAUCCAACUUUACUUGCCCGGCUUGCCACGCGCCCUACUGCACUCUGGCCUGCUACCGAUCACCUCGACACAGUGCCUGCUCUCAGCCCUUCUCGCAGAAAACACUUCGAGAUGAGCUUGGUGAGGACGCCGGAAAGGUUGAUGACGAGGAGCGGAGGAACAUGAUGGACGUUCUCCGGAGGCUCCACAACCUCGGUGCAGACGAUGAGGCAGAGUACAACAACGAGGCCGGGCAGGAGGGCGACGAAGAGGACGGCGGCGAGAAUGCCAACAUCGACAUUGGCGGUCUAGAGGAGGCAACUCCGGAGCAGCUCCUCGAGCUCCUCUCUCCCGAUGAGAGGGCCCGAUUCGAGGCGGCAAUCAACGAUGACGACCCAAGCCAGGCACGCGCGAAAGCUCUCCUCGACGGGAUAGCCCACAAAGAAGAGGAGAGUGUCGUACGGGGGCCUUGGUGGACGACAAACGACACAAUCUCCCCCGAUCAGGCUUUUGCACAGGAAGUUGGGAGCAUACAGCAAUCGCUGAAACGGCAUGCAUCCUUGCCCCCGCUCGAACACAACAUCGUCGCAACUCUGCUAGCAUACGCUUACCUGCUCCGCCACUUGGAUCUUGGUCAGCUGAAAAGCGUCCUUGCGAUGGAUUCUGGACAAAUGCAUGAGCCGGUGGAGAAGCUGAAAAGGAAAGAGGAAGUGCCAGACCACGAAUUCGAUGACAUGCCGGGUCUGGAACCAGAUGUUGAGCAUGAAGAGGUAGCAAAGAAAGGACAGCAACCAAGGAGCGAUCCGGAGGACGAAAGGGUAGCGCGAGCCACUUUUGACCGACUAGCACCGUUCGUCAAUGCGCUACCUGGCCCCUCCAAAAAGGGAAGUGCGAGCGGCUCAAAGGAGCAAGACCAAAACCAAGAUCCGAGCAAGGUCCUCCUCUCCAGCGUUGAAGACGCUUCCUUGUAUCUUCUCGCGCGUCUGGACCCCUCGCAAGGUGCACUUGCCUCGACGAUGGUUUUGCUCCUCCAGGACGUCAUCUCGCUUCUGGAUGUGCCCAAGAUCGCAGAGACCCAAGCCACAGACAGGCUCGUCUGCGCCUUAUCGGACCUCAGCGGCCUGCUUCCGGGUCACGGUCGACGCAAGCUAAUGUUCUACGGCGCUGUGUGGCAGAGCCUCGAUGGGACGAGACUCGAACGUGUUAAGAGACAGCUGAGGGACGAAAUCCAGCGGCUCAAGGAUGAGCUUGAGCGCGCCGAGGAUCAGGAGCGGUGGAGGGCGGCAGAAGAGGCGACAAGGGCUGGCGGCGUCGUUUUGACAGAGUAG